AUGUUAACUGUUCCAGUUGUGUACAAUCUGGCUGCAUCUUCAACUGAAGUUUUGCAGGAGUUAAUUGGGUUGGGAAUGGCCGCUGAUUUAAAAUGGCUAGGAUUGUCUGAAUCAAAGGUAAAUGAAACACUUAAAAAUUCUUCUUUGACGAAGCAGCUUUGUGGCAUUGUAGUCCUAGCGAGAGAAGCUUUGAGAGAGAAAGGAGAGGAUACUCUAUCAGGAAAGGGAACGGGCUCAUUGUUAUAUCAUUUGGGUUCAAGAAUUAAAUCGCAAUGUGAAGCAUCUGUACCUUUAGUCGUGCGGCAUAUUAUUAAUGGGAACAUUAGGAACGAGCCGCAGCUUAGUGCGGCAAUCGACUUCCUUUUAGCACGGUCUGUUACUGGUUACGAAGAGGAUGAAUUUUUGCAAGCUUGCGGUGCUGGCAUCGUUAUAACUUCGGAACAGAUUGAGGAACAGGUAGCUGAAACAAUCGCGAAAUACAGAAAUCAAAUAAUCGCGGAACGUUACCGGUUUAAUAUAGGCCGUCUCCUUGGGGAUGUCAAGUCUGCUUUAAUGUGGGCUGAUGGAGCAGCGAUUAAGCGUGAGGUAGACCUUAGAAUUAUGUUGCUACUGGGUCCAAAAACAGAAGCUGAUUGGGCAUCUCCGAAAAAGAAGGUUGCGCGACUUCAGUCGGAAAAACCUCUAAAAAAUACGCCGGUAAAGGUUGAAUUGAAGAAAGAAGAAGGAGCCAAAACUAUUGGAGAGUUAAUGCUGAAUAAAACCCAUUUUCACAAGGUUGGCGAGAACUUUAAAACUGAAGGGUAUGUAGUCACCCCACACACCAUGGAGUUACUGAAAGAGCAUAUCGCUGCUGUAGGUGGGCGGGUUGUAACAAGGUUUCCUCCGGAACCUAAUGGCAUUCUACACAUUGGUCACGCAAAGGCAAUCAAUAUAAAUUUUGGUUAUGCAAAGGCGUUUGGUGGGAUUUGUUAUCUUCGUUUUGAUGAUACUAAUCCAGAAAAAGAGGAGGAAAAAUUCUUUAAAGGGAUUCUCGAUAUAGUUGAGUGGCUUGGUUAUAAACCGUAUCGGAUCACACACUCAUCUGACUACUUUGAUCAGUUGUAUCUGUGGGCUAUCGAAUUAAUAAAAAGAGGUUUUGCAUAUGUCUGCCACCAAACAGUUGAAGAAAUGAGGGGAAUUGAUGUUAAACCGUCUCCUUGGAGGAACCGCCCUGUUGAGGAAUCGCUAUUCCUUUUUGAGGUUUCCUGUUUUUCUAUCAUCCUGGAGUGCCGGUUUUGUAUGCUUACGUUUGGAGGGUGUUUUCAAAAAUAUUUGGAUGCAGAAAAUGCUGAAGUAAUAGAGUUUCAGAAGAUGCGGCGUGGCAUGUUUGAAGAAGGGGCUGCUACAUUACGGUUAAAAACUGUUUUAGAGGAAGGAAAAGUUGAUCCAGUAGCCUAUAGGAUUAAAUAUUGUGCCCAUCAUAGAACUGGAAAUAAAUGGUGUAUAUAUCCGACUUACGAUUUCACUCACUGCCUUUGCGACUCGAUAGAGAAUAUUACUCAUUCUUUGUGUACAAAGGAAUUUCAAUCAAGACGAAGCAGUUAUUACUGGUUGUGCAACGCCUUGGAUAUAUAUUGUCCUGUACAGUGGGAGUAUGGAAGAUUGAAUAUGUAUUAUACAGUGGUUUCAAAAAGAAGGAUCAAAGCUUUGAUUCAGAAUAAUAUUGUGAGGUCCGUAAGUGAGAUUUUUAUUGAGUUUUUAAAAGCUGAUUGGGAUGAUCCACGUCUGUUUACACUAACUGCUCUUCGCCGAAGGGGUAUUCCAGCUGCAGCAAUCAAUAACUUUAUUGCUGGUCUUGGUGUUACCAUGGCUCAGAUGUUCGUUGACCCUCACAUGCUGGAUGCAGCCGCUCGUGAUUAUCUUAAUCAGAGUGCGCCAAGGACAAUGGCCGUGUUAAAUCCACUGAAGGUAACUAUUGAAAAUUAUGAUGAAAUGCGGCUCCCAAAUUCUGUUUCUGUGCCUGACUUUCCACCUGAAAUCAAAAUGGACAGCAACCACAAUGUCGCAUUCGACAGGGUUAUUUUCAUUGAAAAGGACGACUACAGAAGGGUAAUGCAUUCAAGCUUGCUCGACUGCGCAUCGCUUUAUUGCCAUAUUUUUAUAUUCAACUUUAACUGGUCGUUAUUUACCGAGGGUGAAAAAGGUUACAGAAGGCUGACUCCGAAACAGCCAGUGGGCUUGAAACAUCUUGGUGUUGUACUUUCAUAUGUCCGAGAAAUACAGGACAGCAAAAAACGGACAUCUGAGCUCAUUGUACGUGCUGCGAAGUUAACUGCAGAAACAAAGCCAAAGGCGUUUAUCCAUUGGGUUGCGAAACCGUUAGCUUGCGAAGUCCGUCUCUACGAUAAAUUGUUUAUGCACCAGAAUCCUGAGGACUCGAGCGUUGUCCCUGGCGGUUUUCUGACAGAUUGCAACCGGGACUCGCUGAAAGUGAUACAGUCGGCUUUAAUAGAUGUGUCGAUUGCUAGCUCAAAAGUUUUUGACAGUUUCCAGUUUGAACGGCUAGGCUUCUUCACCGUCGAUAGAGACAGUACAUCUUCAAAGCUCGUCUUCAAUCGUACUGUAGGUCUAAAAGAGGAUUCGGGAAAAAGCUGA